AUGCAUAUGCAUUCAUCUCUUCCGCCGCCAACACUCCAAACUCAUCGUCUUCAACUAAUGCAUCCACCACCAUCACUACACGACUCUUCGUUUAUGUCUCAAUAUCAGCCGAUCGUUCCACCACCACUCGGAUCGCCGGAAUCAAUGAGCUCACCCAUCAUGUUACCUUUCUAUAAUGCACGUAUAUUGAGUCCUGUGAGAGCGCCUGAAAGACAAGAGACACCAAGCAAGUCUCGAUCGCCGUCACGCUCAUUCCGUGAACGUGUAACAUACGACAGUGGAAGAGGAAACGAGAGAGGACGUCGCUACAACAGCCGUCAAAACGAGUCGACUUUAUCCAGUUCCUACUCCAACAAUCGUCCCUACAACUCGUCAUACCGCCCACCGUCAUCCCGUGGCUCACACCAUCUAUCGUCGUCCUACCACUCGAAUUCGUCCUAUCAACGUCCUCCAUUUCGCCAGAGAAAUUAUAGUAAUGAUGGGAAUCGCAAUCGACCAAAUCACCCAUCUCGUGGCUAUAACAACAUCUCUUCCCAUCCAUCGUCUUCCUCUAAUUAUCCUCGUCGUGAUAAUGAUAGAAGAUAUUAA